CACCUUUCCUCGUCGUCAGGUCCCCUAGUCAGGAGCUCCUUGCUUGCUCCAGCGGUUCUGCCCUCUAUACAACUACAGAGAAGAGCGAGCAUCCCUACCUCCCUUGUCUUUCUGCUGGAUUACAUCUUCUCUUUCUUUUACUCCAUACAUCCCAUCCCAUCAGAUCGCUGCUGCUGCUCCCGCUCCCGCCCGUCGCCAAAACGAACCCGACCUGACCCAACCUGCCCAACGGAGACUUGAAGCUCGUCUCGCCCGUGUCGACUUGCAUCACAUCUCGUCACCCUGCAGCGUCCUCGCCCACGACCACAACCAGAACCACACUUCGAAACCUCAGCCCUCGGCCUUUGAUCUGGGCCUUGACCGCGAAUCUUGGCCAAUUUUACCGCCCUAUUAUCAGUGUCCUUGCAUCUCAAGUCGGCUGGACAGCUUCAGCUAUCGCCUCGAUCUCUUCUCAUUUUGGCUAGGUUUAUUACGUCCUUUACCUUAUAAUUUCCAAGUCGGCCCAUCUCAUCGCCAAGAUAUCGACGCAGAAAGUCGAGGUCGCUCUGAAACUCCAACCCCAACCCAGCCCGACCCAACCAACGGCUUCUCGCCUUCUGCGACGCCUCUCGUCGUUUCGCAACCUAUCGAUUUCCUGGCCAAUCUGCACACGACGAGAAAGACGCCGAGUACCGCAGCACUGGACCGGGUCUGCACAACCUCUCCAACUCGUUGUGCGACAUCAAUUGACUCGCUCGACGUUCUAAGCGGUCGUGGAAGAAACCUCGCUCUCCGUCCCAAACAAAAUGUACGUCAAUCGCUGUCUGCUUUCCUUUCGUCGUCACACCUGUUCUCUGGACCAACCCGACCACAUGUCACCUGUUCAAUUUGCCUGCCUGCCUCUGGAUAACCGCCGCGAUGAGGGAUGCCUUAUUUGUAUCCACGUUACGAACUUCAAUGACAUUUUGGUCCUUGAAGAAUGCUUCUGCCUCAUUCCCUAUCUAGCCCUCCCCUUCCGCAGCAUAUCAAGAAGAAACCUAGGAUUGGUUACGUGGACAAGAUGAGCCUACCUCUCCACAAACAGACACAGUUGCACACAUGCAUUCUGCACAAUUCCCUUACACCCCCAGCUUCGAGCAGGCUGAUGCUGCGACCGUUUACAUGCAGGUACAUGUACCGGUACGCUGUCAAGGCCCAGCAUUCGGCCCUCUCCUCUGCCCUAACCUGCUGCACCUCGACCCAUGUCAUUUUCACCAUCCAUACCGCUACGGAGGGCAACAGCUGUUCCGCAGCUCUUCCUGUCUCUCCCACUCUCUUUUUGGUCGCAUCUUCUCCAGUCGUAGUGUUGGCUGGGCAUUAAGUUGGAGUGUCGCGCCAGCAAGGUUAUUAUUGUACACCGAAGGGACCAUAAUCACCCAAAUGCAGAAGGAUGCGUUCGAUCCGAUGUAGGCGCGCGCUCGCGGGUAUGUGUUGGUCGACGCAAGUGCAAGUGCAAGCGUGGCCUGGUCGAAGAGAGUGUCUCAUGUGCAUUAUUGUUGUGGUGAACAACGCCAUGUGUGUGAUGGCGUCGGUCUUGAGUAAGAGAGGCGCCUGGCUACCUACGUUCCGACGCAAUUCUCUUGGAAAUACAAGAAGCUGGUAGGAGUCGCCCAGCUCAGACGCAGGAAGAAGACUCUGGCUUGAUCAAUGCCUCCUUCAUUGCCUUUACCCCCUUUUCCGACUGGCGUCUGUUACAUUUGGCCGUCUGUCGUUUCCCUCGUUCCCGGUACCAACCCUCAUGACAUGAGACGGGGCUGCUGCUCAGGUCACAUUUCUCCAUAAAAGGCAGUCGUACUGACUGUGUGAUUCCCUGGAUGCCAUCAGUGUGUGCUCCCAUCGACUUGCAGCCGCCUGCACUGCGACCAUCAUUUCGUUUCGUUUCCCAUUCAAGACUUACUACUGCACGCACACUUUAAAUUGCCCGCUGCUCGAUUCCACUUCUCCAGGUCCAAUCCCCUUUUCAUGUUUCAAAGUCACCAGCUUCACUUCACACCUUGCCUAUCAGCCCAUGAUCCAUCUCUUAUUCCUGCGGACGCGAACUUCAUCGUAAAUUUACUAACUUGCAAAAGCCAACACCGUCACUGUACCGCGACGAGACGAAACGCCGGCAGUGUUGCAAGAAGCUCAGACAUAGCAGCACUCUCUUAGUUUUUGGACGUUGGUGAUAGGUCGACCUGCUGCUUUUACGCGCAUCGCCCGUCAUCUGUUGAUGCAAGUCCCGGAGACAGACUAGAAAUCAACCACAGUCGGCAAAUAAUUUCGAUCCAGGUUGCCUUUCGCAUGGUAACAAUGUCACAAAACGGUGGGACUGUUGGUACUGAGUACCCUGACUACACUGAGCAUGGCCGCCAGUAUGGCUCAUUCGGACGCGGGCGGUAUCUUUUUCCUGUCGACGAGCUUGAGAAAGACAGGCUAGACAUCUUCCACCAUCUGAUAACCAAGGCAAGAGGGGGCCUUUGGGAAGUGCCUCUGCCCGCCAAACCCCAUGUCCUUGACCUCGGGACGGGCACUGGCAUUUGGGCGAUCGACGUGGGCGAUAAGCUAUAUGUAAACGAAGAUCAAAAGGCUCAGGUCUUGGGGCUCGAUCUUUCUCUCAUCCAGCCCAAGCUGAUCCCUACAUGUGUAAGGUUCGAGCGAGCCGACGUGGAGGCGCCACUACCAGCCCCGGAACAAACCUUUGAUCUGGUUCAUAUCCAGAUGCUGCUUGGUUCCAUAAGAGAUUGGCCAGACCUGUACAGGAAGUCAUUCAGGCACAUCAAGCCCGGAGGUUACAUUGAGCAGGUGGAAAUCGAAUGGAUUCCUCGCAGCGACGACAACACUCUCGCGCCUGAAUCGCCUCUCGUCUUUUGGGGUGAGAACUUUCCGCGUGUGAUGCACAGGUACGGGCAACCUAUCGAUAUAAUCGACACGAAAAAGGAGCUCCAUGCUGCAGGGUUUACAGACAUCACCGAGAAGAUGAUUAGACUACCAACGAACCCGUGGAGCCAGAACCCGAUGGAAGAAGAGCUGGGUAGAUGGUUCAAUCUCGGCCUUACGCAUUGCUUGGAAGGCCUCACGCUUGCGCCCUUUAUUCGGGUGGAAGGCUGGCCGAGACAGGAUGUGGACAGACUGGUCGACGAUCUCAAGAAGGAAAUCUGUCGACUCAAUGUUCAUGCUUACUGCAGAAUGUUUGUUUGGACGGCAAGGAGACCAAUUCCAAGGCAAACCCAAUGAUUCAAGAGUGGUCACUCAGACUACCGAGGGUUACGUCACGUCUCACAGGAUGGGGGCAGACUGCUGGCGAGUUUCCUGCCGUCACCCUCCCGUCGCAUACUCAUGUUUAGCACGGGACGAGGCAAGCUAGUAACAUUCGAUACCGCAUCGCCAAAGCAAGACACCUCAAGCGGAACGUCGGAGUGAUUUGUCUUCUGUACCAUCACUCUUCGUCUACUUGAAUGUCAGACGUGCGACUUAGUCGCUCUGGUGCCGUCCUGCCAACAAGCAAGCGUACUUUGCUGCUACCUAUGCGACGUUUUGUCGAAUAACUUGUCCAUUAAACUUAUCUACUGUACGUCGUGGGAGUACCGAAAGUUCGCUUCGUUUUCUUCUCCCUUACCAAGAUACGCCUUCACUUCUCGGUCUGGCCAAGCGCAGAUCAAGCCUGGCAAGAUCGGGAGCUCCAGACUACCAAUUAUCCCAAAUCGUCUCACGGGCUUCAUCGUUUUGCUCUCCUCGAAGCUUGGGACGCCCCUGCAGAGUACCGCCUACCACUCGAUUCGGCAAACUCUUCUGCUUUGUUCUGGCCAAGCGUAUAUGGACACGAUGAGGAAUGCAUCAAAACAUGCAAUCAAGUUCUGCUUUUCUCUUUACGCUGUCUUGGUAUCCUCGGACGUUCUCUGCCAUGUUGUCUCCUUUUAUUUUUCUUAUGUUUCGCAGGCUCGGCAGUCACAGAUCGAGUUCGAUGCUCCGCGAAGCGGCCCCUUAUUUUUUUGUCUUGGCCUUUCCCAGCAUACGCUCUAUCUCUGAGCUACAAUGUCAAAUCCAAGGUAGCACACGAGCGCAAACAACAUUGUUGCCAAUCAGCACAUAGUCAUAGUCGCUACGCCUCUCUUGUUACUACAUCAUAUUCUUUUUUGUGUACGGAUUCAUCGGCGGGGAAGAAAAUGGGCCGGG